AUGGCUGACGACGAGGAUCAAGACAUCUUCGACUCGCUGGAGCGCGAAGCCUCCGAGUUCACAAAAGAUGCGGAGAUCGAUCGCAUUCGCAAGGCAUUCUCCCUUGAUGCUUACGCCGUUCUAGACCUACAGCCUGGUGUUCCUGAGAAGGACAUCAAGGUACAAUAUCGCAAGAAAUCCCUUCUGAUUCACCCGGAUAAGACCAAGAAUCCUGCCGCGCCAGAUGCCUUUGAUCGACUCAAAAAGGCACAACUUGCACUCCUCGACGAGAAAGAGCGCACCUACCUAGACGAAUGCAUUGCAGACGCACGACGUCUCCUGAUCCGUGAACACAAGUACACCCUUGACUCCCCGGAAUUGAAGACGGAUGAGUUCAAGAAGGAAUGGCGACAGAAGACCGUUCACGUCCUGUUAGAGGAGGAGGCACGGCGGCGGCGACAAGCCAAAGCGCGCAUGCAAGAAGAGGGACGGGAGAAGCGCAAAGAAGAAGAGGAACUUGAUGCGCGCAAACGGAAGCGCGAUCAAGACAAGGCAUGGGAAGAUACUCGGGAGGAGCGCAUUGGAAGCUGGCGCGAUUUCAAGAAAGGGAAAGGAAGCGACGACAAAAAGAAGAAAAAGAAGAUGAAAGUCCUCGGAUAA